UCGUCUCGCUCUUGACAGACGCGGAAGUGGAAAUAAAACCACUGCGGAAUAAAAGUGUUUAUAUAGAUAUUUAUGAAAAUGAGCGACGAAUAUUAUCUUGAGCUCAGCGAAAAUCCUGUGCAGUUUGAAAACGCGUCAAGCGUCAACAAUGUGUUUUUCGACGAGGCUAAUAAACAGGUGUUUGCCGUGCGGUCCGGUGGAGCCACAGGUGUUGUGGUUAAAGGACCUGAUGACAGCAACUCGGUGGCUUUCAGAAUGGAUGACAAAGGUGAAGUGAAGUGUAUCAAAUUCUCAUUGGGGAACAAGAUCUUAGCUGUGCAGCGCACUUCAAAAUCGGUUGAUUUCAAAAAUUUCAUUCCUGAUUAUCCACACUUGGAAUUCUCCCAUGAAUGCAAGACAAAGAAUGCCAGUAUUCUCGGGUUUUGUUGGACAAACUGGAAUGAGAUUGUGUUUGUCACGGACCAGGGUAUUGAAUUUUAUCAGGUACUACCUGAUAAGCGGACUCUAAAGCUUUUAAAGAGCCAGAACAUCAAUGUAAACUGGUACAUGUAUUGUCCAGAAACAGCUGUGCUUCUCCUCUCCACCACUGUACAGGGCAACGUAAUACAGCCUUUUGCUUUUAAGACUGCAACUAUGUCAAAGAUGUCCAAGUUUGAGAUCGAGCUCCCAGCGGUUCCCAAACCAGCCAAACUCAGCCUCUCUGAACGAGACAUCGCCGUGGCCACAAUUUACGAUGAGCUGUAUGUGAUGUAUCUGAAACAUCACUCCAGAAGCACUAACAGUCCAGGAGCAGAAGUAGUCCUCUAUCAUUUACCACGAGAGGGCAUCUGCAAGAAGACUCACUUACUUAAACUAAACACUACAGGAAAGUUUGCCCUGAAUGUGGUGGAUAAUCUAGUUGUUGUGCACCACCAGAGCACUCAGACGUCCCUCAUCUUUGACAUUAAACUGAGAGAAUCAGAUGGUCCUAUCAACGCUCAUCAGCCUGUGCUUCCUGCUCGAUCCAUCCACCCAUACAAGAUCCCCCUAACAGGACCCGCGGCUGCUCCGAGUCAAGUCCCGGUGCCCUGUGAACUGUACUCAUCAUCUUGGAGCGUCUUUCAACCGGACAUCAUAAUCAGCGCCAGCGAAGGAUAUCUGUGGUACCUUCAGGUGAAACUUCAGCCCACGUUGAACCUCCUGCAGGAUAAAGGCAAACUUAUGGACUUCCUGUUACGGAGACGAGACUGUAAAAUGGUUAUUCUGUCCGUGUGCUCACAAAUGUUGGUAGGUGGAGGUGAUAAAGGAAACCUGUCUGUGGUGGCCACCGUGUUUGAUAAACUCAAUCAAGUAUACAAAGAGUACCUGGACGCAGAGCAAGCAUAUACUACAGCAAUGGAAUCCGGGCCCAGUCGCUCCAGCACGUCCUAUAAAAGACCCGUGCGGACCCAGGCGGUUAUAGACCAGUCAGACAUGUACACACACGUACUGUCCGACUUUACGGAGAGAAAGGGUGUGAAUCAUAAGUUUAUCAUCGCAGUUCUCAUGGAGUACAUUCGAUCCCUAAACCAGUUUCAAAUCCCUGUCCAGCACUAUUUGUAUGAGCUGGUCAUCAAAACGUUGGUCCAUCACAAUCUUUUCUACAUGCUUCACCAGUUUCUUCAGUAUCACGUCCUGAGCGACUCCAAACCAUUGGCCUGUCUUCUUCUGUCUUUAGAGAGCACAUAUCCACCAGCUCACCAGCUUUCUCUGGAUAUGCUUAAGAGACUCUCCACAGCCAACGAUGAGAUCGUUGAGGUUCUUCUGUCCAAGCAGCAGGUUUUAGGAGCUCUGCGGUUCAUUCGUAGCGUCGGAGGCCACGACAACGUAUCCGCGCGGAAAUUUCUAGAUGCCGCACGGCAAACGAACGACGCAAUGUUGUUUUAUACAAUUUUCCGCUUCUUUGAGCAGAGAAAUAUGAGAUUACGUGGGAAUCCCGGCUUUAACCAAGGAGAACACUGUGAGGAACACGUGGCUUACUUCAAACAAGUCUUUGGAGAGAGCGCUUUAAUGAAACCAGCCGCUGUGUAGAAAUGACCAAAGGUUGGCCAGGUUCUGUAUAAAACUGAUGAAUGUAAUGUAGUGGUUUGUGGUAUUUCUGAAUACUGAAAGCUUUUUUGAAGCUUAGAUUGAGAUCAGAUCCUCUUUAAAUAGAUGGCUAUGUCUCUGUCUGAAUGGUGAAAUUAUGAAGUGUACAUGAGGAAGGAUAACCGUAGCAGUUACAGGUGUCAGAAUGAAUUACUAAUAUCAUCCCAUGUAAAGCAAACGCUGUGGUCACGUGCAUCAUAGCGCUUGAUUUAUUAAUUCUUGACUUGUAUGCAAAUUAUGUAUAUAUUAAAAAAAGAAAAGAAAUGUCUAACCUUUACAGUAUGAAUAUAUAUACAAUAAAUAUAUGUUCAUUUUGUCUAA